GUCCUGGGGGAGGCAGGGGGAGACCAGGUGGACUGGAGUAGAUUGUUGAGAGAUGCUGGUGUGGUGAACAUGUCCAGGAAACCACGAGCCUCCAGCCCAUUGUCCAACAACCACCCGCCAACACCAAAGAGGCGAGGAAGGGGAAAGCAUCCUCUCAACCCCAGCCCAGAAGCCCUAUCAAAGUUCCCAAGACAACCCGGAAGGGAAAAGGGACCCGCCAAGGAAGUUCCAGGAACAAAAGUCUCUCCCUGA